CACACACACACACCACACUCACACGCGCGCGCGCUCUCCGCAGCUCUGUCCCGCCUGGGAAAGCCUCGCGCGCAGCCACAGUGAAUAAUGUGACAGCCCCGCGAGGACGACCACUCUGAAGGCGUUAGCGGAUUUCCUCCGUUUAUCUAUGUGUCCGGCUGCACUGGACUCCAUUCACACGGACUCUCCCUCUCUCUCCCUCUCUCUCUCUCUCUACCCCCGUGAGAUGCUGCCAUGCCCCGCGCGCUGCUCCCGCCACUGACCCUCUGCUGGACCGCGCUGCUGCUGCUGCUCGUGCACUUGUCCGUCGCGUCCGCCUCGAGGUCGCACAGCUGUCGCGAGGUGAAAACGGCCUUCCAGCUGCGCCAGAUCGGCCCCCUCAAGUGGGUCCCGGAGACCCCCAGCACAGAUGUGGACCUGUUGGUGUGUAAGCAUGAUGGUCCAUCUUGCUGUACUCGGAAGAUGGAGGAGAGCUAUAGAGUGGCAGUGGUGAGAGAGACUGUGCAAAACAUCAGGUCAUACAGCUUCGAGCUCAAGUUUCUGCUCUCGGGACAUGCAGCUGCCUUCCAGGAUACGUAUCAGUCCCUCUUCUCCUUCUCUCUGGGUCACCUAAGCUCUCUGUUUGAGAGCGGUUACACCUCCAUCUCCGCUGCCGUCGACCCGCACAUCUCUACCCUCUUCUCUGACCUCUCCCUCUUUAUCCGGGACGCCUCCUCUAACGUCUCCGUAGAGGCUGCUGUCCACCGUUUCUAUGACAACCUCUUCCCGCUUGUCCACACCCGCCUCAUCAACCCGGGUUCAGCGGCAGCCAUCACAGAUGGCAACAACCUCUCUGACUGCCUGCGGAUGACCCGGCAGGAUGUAAACCCAUUUGGGCGUCACGCCUUGGCGAUGGCCAAAGAGCUGUCGGAGGCCCUGCGGGCGGCCAGGGCACUGAGCUGGGCUUUUUCAGUGGGCGAGGAGGUGAUGAACGGGACGGAAGUGGCACCGCUGACGAAGGAGUGCACGCGAGCACUGGUGAAGAUGCAGUACUGCCCGCACUGCCGCGGACUCACCCUCAUACGGCCGUGUGGGGCUUAUUGCCUCAACGUGAUGCGUGGCUGUCUAGCCAGUCUGUCUGAGCUAGACAUGCCAUGGAGGCGCUACGUGGCCAUCCUGGAGGAUCUGACCCUAGCCGUGGCUGAUGAACACAGCCUGGAACUUGCCCUGCUCGGGAUCAGGGGUCAGGUCAACGAAGCCAUUCUCUACGCCCAGCUUCACGGACCCACGCUGACUGCCACGGUGGAUAAAGUAUGUGGCCAGUCCAUGACUGAGACCCACAGUGUUCAGCCCACCACAGUUAAGAUGGUACCCACAGUAACAGACAGCCCACCAUUGCCCACCAACCAGUCGGACCCCCCAGCCAUGGAACAGCUGGAUAGACUGUCCCACCUGCGCAGCUCACUCCCUCUGAAACCCGCCAAGAGUGAUAAAGAUAGAAGUCUGAAACAGAUUGCUCGGGAGUUCAUGAACUACAUUGGGCGCUACAAGGCAUUUUUUGCUGCGCUGCCGGAGAUGCUGUGUGAGGGAGAGGUGGUGCGGGACGAGUUCACCUGCUGGAGUGGAGACGACGUGGUGGAGAGCUAUUCAGGUAGAGUUGUGGGUAAUGGAGUUCAUGCUCAGAGGCAGAAUCCUGAGGUGCGGGUUAAGGGUCCUGACCACAUGCUCACACAAGUCAAAGACAGACUGGAACACUUCAAUCAGGAGAUCCAGGAGAGCAUGCCAGGCUUUGGACGUAGGGAAUCAUGGGAAGACCUGGGCAGCGGUGAAGAGAACAGUGGGGAGUGUGAUGAUGAGGACGGCUGCCAAGGAUCUGGAGAGGACACCCCAAAAAUCUACUCUACCGUUGUUACUGAAGUGGCGAAGGCUCCACCUCAUGAACCUUCUGUCAGAGCCUCUGGAUCCAGCACUGCUCCACUCACUCUGCCCACCUUCACCAUCUUCAUCCUCACCCUGGCACUGCAGUGGGCCUUGAACUGAGAGACCUGACACGCACACACACAUGAAUGCAAACACACAGGACCUUCUUUUGCCUGGU